AUGGCAUCGCAUGCCCCGAUAUCAGCCUCAGGGCGAGAAGGCGCCGAGGCCAGCAGCGAGCAGAGCAUGCGGAGGGCGCAGGUGCAAGCGCUGCUGGCGCGGCUCGUGGCCAACAGCCCCAUCUACUCAUUCGCGCUGUUGGCCAUGGAGCUGGAGACGGUGUCACGGGGCUCGGUGACGACGCGGCUGCGGUUGACGGAGCGGCACGCCAACAGCAAGGGCGGCCUGCACGGGGCCGUGUCGGCAACGGUGGUGGACUUUGUGACGGGGCUGGCGAUUGCGUCGUGGGACGGGCGGGCGACGACGGGGGCCAGCGUGGACAUGCACCUGAGUUAUCUGGCGACGGCGCGGGCGGGAGACUGGGUGAGGGUCGAGGCGAGGGCGGAGCGGGUUGGGGGGAGCUUGGCUUUCGUGACGGUGAGCAUUGUGAGGGUUGGUGAGGGUGGGGCAGCGGACGAGGUGGUUGUGCUGGCGCAGCAUACAAAAUACGUGAGGGGGACGGCGCCUGCGGUGACGACGGGCUGA